CUAAUGAUCCUUGAAGCCCUCCUGAAGUGGGAGGAUAAACUUAUGGGACAAGAAAUUAAUAUUGUGACAGACCAUAGAACUCUUGAAUUCUUCAAGUCUCAAAAGGAUAUGGCUUACCACCAGUGGCGCUGGGCCAAGUACAUUAGUAGAUUCAACCGUUCUAUUGCAUAUGUCAAGGGUGAGUACAAUCUCGUUGCAGGCUCAUCCUGA